AAGUCUUCCUUCCUCGUCCCCUCACUCGCUCCCUCUCCAGUCUCAAAUGCUCCUCGUCGAUUAGAGAUGAUCCUCCGGCCGCAGCUCUCCCUCCAAACCCCAUCAUUACGCAACUCGUCCCAAAUCCCCUCUCCCAGACCCAAACCGAGCCUUACCCUCUCCUAUAAGCGCCGGUCCCACCACUACCACCAUCAGUUCCCUCCAAAAACCCCAAUCCUCGAUUCCGGCCUCCUCUUCCGGCAGAAGCUUCUCUACCUCCAGCACCACCUCAAUGUGGACCCCACCAAGGCCCUAACCCUCAAUCCUGAUCUCCGCUCCACUCCCAUCUCCUCCCUCCAAUCCGCCGAGCACUGCCUCCUCUGUUUCGGCAUCCACCGUUCUGAUGUUGGCCGCAUCUUCGGUAUGCACCCCAUCCUCCUCACCUCCUCCCUUCAUUCCCACAUCUAUCCCGCCUUCGAAUUCCUCCUCAACGAUGUCCAAAUCCCCUUUCCCGACCUCCGCAAAGCUGUCUCUCGCUGCCCUCGCCUCCUCGUCUCCAGCGUCCCUCACCAGCUCCGCCCCACCCUCCACUUCCUUCGCUCCCUCGGCUUUGUUGGCCCCCAUGCCAUCUCCUGCCAGACCUCCCUCCUUCUCGUUUCCAGUGUUGACACCACUCUCAUGCCCAAGCUCGACUACAUCCAGAGCCUCGGCUUCUCAUACAGAGAGGCCGUUAAGAUGGUCUUACGGUCUCCUGGACUCUUCACCUUCAGCAUCGACAACAAUUUCCGGCCCAAGGUCGACUACUUUGUGAAUGAGAUGAAGGGGGAUUUGAGGGAGCUGAAGGAUUUCCCACAGUACUUCUCUUUUAGCCUGGAGCGGAAGAUAAAGCCCAGGCACCGGCUCUUGGUCGAGCAUGGGUUCUCGCUGCGGCUGGCGGAUAUGUUGAAGGUCAGUGAUGGGGAAUUCCAUGAUCGGUUGGUGGAGAUGCGAUUGCAGACCCUCGAUGAGAAAUUGCGGCUGUGUAUGCCUCGGUGUUUCGGGCGCUACAGGGGCAGCUUCACCUGAGGUGUGUUGAAUGCCAGAGUAUUUACAUUGGACUCUUUUUGAGCGAUUUGUCUCGUAUUGGCUGGGUGGUAUUGGUAUUGGUGAUACAACUUGUUAUGAUACCCAGACUAGGAGCAUCCUGAAACUGCUAUUUUUAUCCUUGGUCUACAAUAUAUUCUUCAAGUGUAUUUACAUCCAAAUAUAAAUCUGUCCAGGCUACUGCUUUUUGAAAGAUGAUUGUUAUUUUUUGAGAGAUGAUUGUGAGAAAGUCAUUCUGUGUAGAAUAUUUUCUAAUGUAAAAUUGUUACCAACUGCACCCUUAGCUUAGAGGCUAAAGUAUUGCCUCCAGUGCAUUCCGAUAUAACCAAUUCCACA